AUGGCGUUGAAAACAAAAACAGGAAUUUGUGCGAUAGCCAUUACAGCGACAGCUUCUGUUUUUAUAACUAUAGCUUUUUGCACAUCCUACUGGUUGGUAAACGAUGGAAAGAUAGAGGAUCCCAAAUUCAGAAGAAUCGGUCUUUGGGAAGUAUGCUUUGAAAACUUCGAAGAUUUCCGUCAUCAAUAUGACUACCGCUUCACUGGCUGUUGGUGGGUAUUUGAAGAAGAGUAUUACAUAAUAUUUGACUUCUUGCUACCUGGAUUUUUCAUCACAACUCAAUUUUUCUUCACUUUAUGCAUGACCCUAGUCUUGGUAGCAGCAUUCCUCACCUGGAUGUAUUGCUUCUGCAGCCGAGACCAUGACAAGUAUAUAUUAUUACUCUUAAGCAAUGGCUGCAACUUAGUUUUGGCUGGAAUCUGUGGAUUUAUUGCAGUCAGUAUAUUUGGUGCCAAUGGUGACAACCGUGAUUGGAUGCCUCAUUGGCAACAUAAUGACUUGAGUUGGUCUUAUGGGUUAGCUUGUGUGGGUUCUUUGCUUUUAUUGCCUGCUGGGGCCCUCUUCCUUGUAGAAGCUAGAAGGGCUAGAUAUAGGCGUUUAGGGGGCUCCCAACCAAGGUAUCCACCUGCAGAGUACACCAUGGAACCACAGAAACCUUCUUCUGCCCAUCACACUGAUAUUUAG